AUGUCGGUGUAUAAGAGAAAUCGGGCGCCAGGUGGUAUCGGCAAUGGUCUGAGCACUGCAACGGCACCAGUCUGGCAAACAGAAACUGCACAAGCGAAAUGGAGAGGAAAACUCGUUAUCCUCGAGCUAGGGCUCAACGUUGGUGGUUACUGCAUUGUUAACUGGAUCAACUACGGUCUAUCUUUCCGAGGAGGAGCUAUUGCGUGGCGUUUGCCUCUCGCCUUGCAGCUUUUCUUUAUAAUCGUUCUGUUUGCAACCAUUCCGUGGCUUCCAGAAUCCCCACGAUGGCUCCUAUCCCACGGCUACGACGAUGAGGCCAUUGAGGUGCUUGCAUGCAUCGAGGCCAUGGACCUCGACGACCCGUACAUCAGAACCCAAUACGAUGAAAUUAAAUAUAGCAUUGCAUACGAAAGCGACAACGCUGUACGCUGGCGGGAUCUUAUACGCCGAAACAAGACCGAUAGUACAAAGACACUUCGCCGGCUAGUGCUAGGAGCCAGUACACAAGCUAUCCAGCAAUUCCAAGGAAUAAACAUCAUGUCCUAUUAUUUGCCAACCGUUUUGAUAAACUCCGUCGGUCUCUCAAACACCAUGGCUCGACUCCUAACAGCCUGCAACGCAACAUCAUACUUCAUCUUCUCCUGCGUCGCCGUAACCAUGAUCGAACGCUUCGGCCGCCGAGGCCUAAUGCUCCUCUCCGGAUCAGGCCAAUUCUUCUCCUUCCUCAUCAUAACAAUCCUGCUCCACCUCGCAACAACCGAUAGAAUAUACGGCACCGCCUCAGUAGCCUUCUUCUUCCUCUACCACGUCGCAUUCGGAUUGGGAAUGCUCGGAGUCCCAUGGCUAUACCCAACCGAGAUCAACUCAUUGCCCAUGAGAACAAAAGGAGCAGCUGUUGCAACGGCGACAAAUUGGAUAACAAACUUCGCCAUCGUCGAAAUCACUCCGAUCGGAAUCCAGGAAAUCGGCUGGAAAUUCUGGAUCGUCUGGACUGUCCUGAACGCAGUAUUCUUGCCGAUUAUAUACUUCUUCUAUCCUGAAACUGCAAACCGCACACUAGAAGACAUAGACGCGUAUUACCGUUCCAAUCCACCGUUGAUCGUUGUCGGAGAUCCAGACGUCACCUCCGCCAGACGCCCGCUAAAAUACAUCCAGCGCGAGGAUGAAGAGGUCCAGAAAAGGGCAAAGGGAGCGCAUCUUACUGGACCCAAGUCUGAUGGGGCCUGUGUGGAGCAUGUAAAUUAA